AAAAAAACAACAAACAAAUACAUGUAGCAGAUGGACAUACUGUUGAUAUUUGGUGCUGGAGGAUCCAUUUUCCACUGAAAGAAACUUAUAAAUCUCCUCACACACUUGUAACAUCUGCUUGGAGUUUAGAUCUAAUUCUCUGAUACCAGUAAUUACACCAGUAACCAGUUUUCUUCUUAUCCUUGGGGCUAGUAGCUAUGGUUACUGGUGACACGAGUGCCCGUUGAACCCAAACGCCAUUCAAGACAAGGGGUGCACUUAGGUUCAGCAGUCGGAGCGGCUUGCCUCUAUGGAAAAGGAACUGGUUUACUGGAGAGAGAAGAGUCAGUCACUUCUGGAGCGUGUAACGGUGGUGGAAACAAAGAUGCAAGACGAUUUCUGGACGGGGCAAACUUCGGCACCCGACAUAGAGGCUGACUCAUUGUUGACGCCCGGAGGCCCAAAGACGUCCGACAGCGGUGCGACCGGGGCCGAGAAGGACAAAGACGUACCCAGAAUCAGGUCAAAGAGGCAGGCAGUCAGCGCAAACACAGUCAGGUUGCCAAUAUCGGGAUGUGUGCAGGGACCACCUGGCCCCCCUGGGGCUGUCGGACGGGACGGUCGGGACGGGGUACAGGGACCCCCGGGGCCUGCUAGCUGUGGCUGUUAUGGAGAAGGUGCCGGUGUACAGCGCCAGAUAUCCAAUUUAGAACGUGGACUUGAUGACGUGGAGAACAAGACUUCCCACACAGAGAAGCGCCUGGCGUCUCUGGAAGGUCAGCAGCAGGAAGAGAUAGGAAGUGUGACCAACCCUGCAGUGUCCUGCAAAUACAUCAAGGACAAUGUGGACGGAGCUCAAGACGGACUGUACCACAUUCGCGGUCCGGGAGGGGUGGUGUACGAGACCUACUGCGACAUGACGAUUGCCGGCGGCGGUUGGACUCUCGUGUCCAGCGUGCACGAGAACGACAUCUACGGCAAGUGUACCGCUGGGGACCGCUGGUCCUCCACCCGGGGUAGCACCACUAACUAUCCCAACGGGGAUGGCAACUGGGCUAACUACAACACUUUCGGUUCGGCGGCGUUGGCGACCAAUGACGACCUGAAGAACCCAGGUUACUUCAGUAUCGACGCGUCUGACGUCAUGCUAUGGCACGUGCCCAAUGACACCCCACUGUCCCAGUACAAGUCUGCCGCCUACCUGAGGUAUCACACAACUAACGGCUUCCUACAGCAGUAUGGCGGCAACAUGUACUCACUCUUCAAGGACCAUUUCCCCAUUGUUUAUAACGGUGGGACCAGAGCUGAUAACGGACCGGCUAUUCCCAUCACGUGGGACAGAGGCAGUGAUGGGCUGGUGACGUCACUCAUCGCUCCAAAUUCAGUGCCAGAGGUGACUCCAGGGUUUGUGCAGUUCCGUGUCUUCAACAAUGAACGGGCCCCUCUCGCUGUGUGCCCAGGAGUGAAGUACAACGGUGGUGAUUCAGAAGUUGUUUGCAUCGGCGGUGCGGCGUACUGGCCGGGAGAAGCCCCCCGGCAGUGUGGAGACUUCUCGGCUAGGGACUGGGAUGGAUACGGAACACACACCGGCUGGAGCAGCAGUCGGCUGGAACUGGAGUCAGCAGUUCUCUUCUUUUAUCGUUAAUUGAAAUAACGUGGACAC